CAUAUAUGUGCUGAACUUGAAGCUUUAGAAGGAAGUGACACCAUACAGGAACUAUAAACUCUCUACAUCUGCACUUCUCAGAGCAACGUGAAGGAGUUCCCAGGAGAAACGGAUCUGUGGAACACACAUUAACAAUGCAGAUCAUCUCUAGUUGUACAGUCUUCUGUAUGCUGAUCUUAACUGUUUUUACAGACAAUGAACACCAGGCUAUCAGCCUCUCUCCUGCAAACGUGACUGCAGUUACAGGAAUAUGUGCUCUCGUUUCAUGUACCUCUACUUCUCCAGACAGUGCAAAGUCUAUCAAGUUUUGUGAAUGUAAAAGUAAAACUGAAAAACAACAAUGCCAAAAUGCUUAUUUUGAAAAAGACAGGAUUAAAAUCUUUGAAUCUGUUAAGAACACAAAGAACUGCAGCUUCAUUAUUAAAAUUAUAACAGCAGAUGAUGAUGGAGAUUAUGAGUUAAAAGCGAGAGAAGCACAACAAAACACAUGCAACCCCAAACUUAAAAUCAUAAUUCAAGAUGAACCUGUAAUAGUGGUUCCUCCUCUCAGAGAACGUGAACAGGCCAAUCUGAGCUGCUCAGCACCGUCUCCAUGCCCUGAAACUCUUCCAAACAUCACAUGGUGGAUCACGAAAAGAAAUGGAGAGAUCACUGAAGUUAUGAAUGACACCACAUUGACCACCACUGAAGGCUUCUACAACUCAACUUUGACCUUAACACCAACCUCUGAACUACACAAUGCUACUGUUGGAUGUAAUGUGAGCUAUGGAGAUAAAAAAACCAUCACUACCAAUAAGACUAUUGAAGUCAUGCAUGAACCAACUUUAAAAAUUCUGGGUAAUAACACGGUGAAUGAGGGCGAUACUCUCAGACUUAGCUGCACUGUAGACAGUCACCCGGCCUCCUCUAAUCCUGUAUGGACUCUGAAUGUAACCACAGACAAACUGAUGAACCUCACUUCAGAUGGAAAUCUCACUAUUACCAAUGUAAGCUCACAGCAUGCUGGAGAAUAUGUCUGUUCGGUGAAGUAUAGGGAUAUGCCCUGGAACACAUCUAUCAACAUUAAUGUGGUCCGUAAUACAAAUGAAACGAAAAAAACUGACAACGUCACCAUAGGAUUUAAAGAUUUUCUAGCCUUAAUGGCAGACAAAAAAACACACAUCUUUUUGAUCGGAAUGGGAACCUCAGCAAUCAUCUUUUCUGUGCUUUUGUGUUGUUGGGUGUCCUGCAAAAGAGCCAAAAAAACUGAAGUGCAGAAUGGACCCACAGACUCUGAAGUUAAUUUAAAGAUGGUUCAGACGAACAUCGAUCUGACUGUAACCAAUGAACAGACGCCUCUUCAUAACCAAUCUGAUGCAGAAAUGUCAUACACACUGGUGGAGCCGAUAGGUGGAGAAGAAGAGAGUGAAGCAGGUGGAGCAGAAGACGGUGAAGCAAGCGAGGCAGCAGCAGGAGACCUCGACUAUGCCGCAAUCGACUACUCGCUUCUAAAGCAGAAAUCACCUGAGGAGGAAGAAAGCAAGUCAAUUGACACAGAUUAUGCAGAGAUCAAGAGGGAUGAGAAGGGACGGAAAGCACUUGACAGUAAACAUGACCACUCUGAAGACCAGAAGCAGGAUGAGGAAGAGGGGCUUUAUUCUGAUCCAGAUGCACUGAAAGGUCAAGCAUGAGGAACUACAUAAAGGUUUUUGUGGUGGUUCUGUAAAAAGCAUUUCACAAAAGGAGUCUUCUUUCUCAAAAGCUUCAAGAGUGCGUUUAUGCAUAGGUUAAGCAGUUACCAGAAACCGCUGAAAACAAGCAUGCAUUUAAAAAAGUUAGCAAAUUUUGAAUUUGUCAUCUUGUGUUGUUUUUACUUGUGCUUUGAAAAAAAAACAUAAUAUAAAUGCUCAGUGUAUUAACAUAACGGCACAUGAUGUCCCGGACAUUUUGUCAUAGAUAUUUAGACAUUAGGCUUUAUUGUUUAUGUUAUUGUCUGUGUUGCUUUACGGAUUGUAUCAUACAACAGUCAUUUUUUUGUCACGUUGGUCCCAUUUAUUGCAUUCUAUUAUAAUAAAGAGAACAAAUCCAA